AUGGGCAGUGAGUCCCCGAACAACACGGAUCGUGAGUCCAGGACCAUCACAGGCAGUGAGUCCCAGAACAACAUGGUCAGUAAGUCCCAGACCAACGUGCGCAGUGCGUCCCAGAACAACAUGGACAUUGAGUCUCAGAACAACACGUUCAGUGAGUCCCAGAACAAUUGGGACAGCGAGUCCCAGAGCAAGACCGACAGUGGGUCCCAGAACAACACGUCAACUAACACGGGCAGCGAGUCCUGGAACAACACGGGCAGCGAGUCCAGGACCAACACGGGCAAUGAGUCCCAGAACAACGCGGGCAGUAAGGUCCAGAACAGCACGAGCAGUGAAUCCCAGAACAACACGGACAGUGAGUCCCAGAACAACACGGUCAGUGAGCCCCAGAAAAACACGGGCUGUGCGUCCCAGAACAAGACGGACAGUGAGACCCAGAACAACACGGGCAGCGAGUCCUGGAGCAACACGGGCAGCGAGUCGCAGAACAAGGCGGACAUGAGUAAAUACUGGAACAACACGGGCAGUCUGUCCCAGGACAACACGGGCAAUGAGUCCCAGCACAACACGGACAAUGAGCCCCAGCACAGCGUGGGCAGUGAGUCUCAGAACAACACAAGCAGCGAAUAUUGGAACACCAUGGGCAGCGAGUCACAGAACAGCAAGGGCAAUGAAUCCUGA